AUGAAACUACGAAAAGAAUUAGAAAGUGUUAAAAAGGAGGGGCAACAAAGUCAAAACAACUUUGAUAUCUAUCGCGAAGGGAAGAAACUCCCCGUGGCCAAUCUUCAUCCUCUUACCCAACUCAUUAGCAAAAUCUACGAUAUUUUUCAGCGUUUAGGUUAUCAGAUUGCCGAAAGUCCGGAAAUUGAGACCGAAAAAAACAAUUUUACUUCUUUAAAUAUGCCGCCCGGACAUCCUGCCCGAGCCAUGCAAGAUACUUUUUACUUGAAUAAUGACUUGCUAUUGCGAACCCAAACUACUGCCAUCCAACCCCGAGUAAUGCAACAAAAUCCCAACGCCGAAAUAAAAAUUAUUUCGGCCGGCAAAGUUUAUCGUCGGGAUGAUGAUGAUGCGACGCAUACUCAUCAGUUCACCCAAGUCGACGGCUUUGCCGUGGGAAAAAACAUUUCUUUUAGCCACUUAAAAGGAACCUUGGAAUUAGUGGUUAAAGAAUUACUAGGGCAGGAGCAAAAUAUUCGACUUCGUCCUUCUUACUUUCCUUUUACUGAACCGAGCGUAGAGGUGGACGCGGUUUGCGUCCAGUGCCAAGGUCAAGGUUGUAAUAUUUGUAAAAAAACGGGCUGGGUGGAAAUUGCCGGGGCCGGCUUAAUUCAUCCCCAAGUUUUAAAAAAUUGUGGGUUUAAGAAUCCAAAAUUUACUGGCUUGGCUUUUGCUUUUGGUUUAGAACGGGGAAUUUUUUCGAUACCAUAUUAG